GUAGUCCUUCACAUCGUAAAGGGGUAUAAGUGAGACUUUCAACUAUCUAGACAAGACAUUUCCAGUUAUAUUUUUUGAUAAUAUCGUGAUCACAUGAACUAAUCAACCUCAAACAUCGUCCAAGAUGCCACAAGCCCUAACCAUCAAGAAAAUCGACGGCAAGCCCGGUCAGGUUUACUAUCCCCUCCAAAUAAACCAAAUCCCCAAGCCCGUCCCCGGACCCAAGGAACUUCUCAUCCGGAUCCACGCCGCAGCGCUAAACCACCGCGACCUGUUCAUCCGGCAAGCGCUAUACCCGGGUAUCUCAUUCACCUCGCCCCUAUUCGCCGACGGCACCGGGAGCGUAGUAGAAGCACCCUCAUCACCAUCCCUCAUCGGAAAACGGGUCCUCAUAACCCCCUCGCGAGGCUGGGGCUCAACACCCGACGGGCCGGAAGACAUAACGCGGUUCAGCGUGAUCGGCGGAUCGGUGCUCUACGCCGGCGCAGGCCAGGACUACGUCGUCGUGCCCGAAGACGAAGUCGAGCUCGCGCCGGACCACCUGACGUCCCACGAAGCAGCCGCAUUACCACUAGUCGGACUAACGGCGUGGCGGGCGCUGUUGACGAAGGGAUUAAACGGGGACGCGGCGUCCGCGGCGGGCAAGAAUGUCCUGAUAACCGGGAUCGGGGGCGGCGUGGCCCUAGCCGCGCUGCAGUUCGGCGUCGCGCUGGGGUGUAAUGUCUACGUGACUUCCAGCUCGCCCGCGAAACUCGAGAGUGCGAAGGCGCUGGGCGCCGCUGGCGGAGUAUCGUAUAAGGAGGCGGGUUGGGAGAAGCAGCUCUUGGCGCAGCUACCCGCUUCGCGGCCCUAUCUCGACGCCGUGGUUGACGGCGCGGGCGGGGAUAUAGUGUCCAAGACCGUGAAGCUGGUGCGUCCGGGUGGCGUGAUCUCGGUGUAUGGGAUGACGAUGGGUCCGAAGAUGGAUUGGACGAUGCAGGCCGUGAUGAAGAACAUCGAUCUCCGGGGCAGCACGAUGGGGUCGCGGGUCGAGUUCCGGGAUAUGGUUGCGUUUGUGCGGGAGCACAAGAUAAGACCGGUCGUUAGUCGUGUUGUAAAGGGGUUGGAUAACAUUGAGGCGAUCGACAGUUUAUUUGAUGACAUGAAAAAUGGGAAACAAUUCGGUAAGCUUGUCAUCGAGAUAUCCUCACCUGGUGACGAGGCGGAGGCAAAACUUUAGAUGGCAUUUGACUAGACAAUUAUUUCGCAACGAAUCAAUAAAACUAGACGCAUAGCAUGAAGAA